CCGUGAUUCGUCCCCUCAUGCUCAUUUAGACCGAGAAACCAAGGUUUCGGGAGAUACUACUUCUGACAUGGACCUUUCAGCUGGCACUGGGAAUAGCUCGGAAGCGUUGGCCCAAGUCACGGCCGACAGCAACUCCAGUAUGCCCAAUGUUGAUAAUCCCGAUCUAAGAGAGUUGGAGGAGGACACUACUAUUCUUGGCUCAUUUUGCUGGAUCUAAUAGGCCAUUCGUGGAAGAGCUCUGUGGCAGGCCUGUUUAUCCGCACUCUAUGGAGACACCGUAGAUAUACGCCUCAUUCUAAACCUGCCAUGGAUGCCCGCUGGGGAAACGCGUCUUAUCAUAGAAGUUGCCGGGUUCUAUCUUGUUAUUGCUGAGCUUCUAUGCAUGAUCAAAUACCGGGACUAUUACACUAUGGCAACCGGUUAUAAAAUGUCAUGUACAGCUCAGCUGACGAUGCCUUCGCUCCAACGUCAGACCCCAGCACAAAUUUAUCUAGUACCACGUCCCAGUCACGAGGAGCCAUGAC